GUAAGAAUUCCUGCUAUGUUAGCAUCCACCCAGCAACUCUGUCAAUACUGCAUACAGCUAAGAAACAGGCAGAGGCCCCUGGUGCUGCAUUUGCCGGCUCUGUCAGUGAGAGAGAGCAACUUCCACAAUCCCCCCAAUCCGUGUGCAGAGAUUUCUCCCAGGGAUAACACACCCACCAGAGCCCCGGCCGCUACUUCUGCGUCGGAGGGAGAGGAAGAGACAGGAGGAGAGCUGAACAGUAGAUACGGAGUGGGAAUACUCUAGAAGAGAGAGACAAUCCUGGGGGAGGGACAGGAUUCUUGGAAGACUGGUGUGAUAGUAUUCUAACGUGUUCCACAGGAAAGGCUGAACACUGGGGCAUUUGAUAGACAGGCACUCAGCGGUGCACCUGCUCCACACUAGCUUGUUGGGUGGUGAUGUGGGAGAGCUGAUGUCUACAAUGGCUGACCUUGAUCUGCACCUGCACAUACUGAUACCCCCGUUUCAACACUGUCGUGGUUACCUCCCGACCCAGCAGCCCAACCCCAGGAUCUGACCCCGUCUCUUCCUCACCUCCCCUGGGCUUCCUCCAGCCAGGCCUCCUGGCUCUACCCUGGGCCCAUAAUGGGAGGAUGCCUCUCCAAAAGCAAGCCAGUUGAGGUGAAAGUGGAGCUAACCCUUCUGGGCAAAGAAAAGGAAGCAGGUGUGAAGUCCGCCAAUGGAAAUGCGAGCCCCUUUUCUGACUGCAGACCCAACGGAGCACUGGAACACUGCUCCGAUGAGGACUCCGCCGCUGCCGCCCCCCUCAGGCUCUACAAACCCCGCGAUUACCUGGAGGCCUCCGUGUGUCAUGUCAAGGACCUGGAAAAUGGACAGAUGAGAGAGGUUGAUUUGGGAAGUGGCAGAGCGCUGCUCAUUAAAGAACAUGGAGAGUUUUCUGCAAUGGGGCACAAGUGCCCACAUUAUGGGGCACCACUGGUCAAAGGUAUCUUGUCCAAAGGCCACGUGCGUUGCCCCUGGCAUGGAGCUUGUUUCAACAUCGUUACAGGAGACAUUGAGGACUUUCCUGGGCUGGACAGCUUGCACAUCUUCCAGGUCCGAGUUGAAAAGGACAAAGUGAUAAUUCGUGCUAACAAACAGGAUCUUCAGUCACAGAAGAGGUCAAAAGCCAUGGCCCGAUGUUCAGCAGUUAACUCCAGCACUGGCUUCAGCCAGGUCCUUAUCGUUGGAUCAGGUCCAGCAGGGCUGGUGUGCGCUGAGACAUUGCGACAGGAAGGCUUCACUGAUCGCAUUGUCAUGUGCACCAUGGACAAACACCCACCCUAUGACAGGCCUAAACUGAGUAAGUCCUUAGAGAGCACAGCAGAGCAGCUCCGGCUACGCUCCAUAGACUUCCUCCAAGCCCACGACAUCGAGUUGCUCACGGAGAAGGAGGCUGUGGCAGUGGACGUCAAGACGAGGGCUGUGACUUUUCAAGACGACUCUAGGAUGGAAUACAGGAAGCUUUUCAUUGCCACAGGAAGCAAACCCAAGCUGAUGAACUACAAAGGCCAGGACAUUAGGAAUGUGUUUCACCUCCUAACCCCUGAAGAUGCUAACAGCGUAGCCAGGCUGGCCAACAACAAGAAUGCUGUGAUUGUGGGAACAUCAUUUGUUGGUAUGGAGGUGGCUGCUGCUCUCACCGACAAGGCCCACUCUGUCUCCAUCAUUGGGAUAGAAGCAAUCCCUUUCCGGAAAGCUCUGGGGGAGAAAGUAGGGAAAGCCAUAAUGAAGCUGUUUGAGACAAACAGGGUGAAGUUCUACAUGUUGAAUGAAGUGUCGGAGAUGGUUGGCCAUCAUGGACAGUUGAAAGAGGUGGUUCUGAAGAGUGGGAAAGUACUAAGGGCGGACGUGUGUGUCAUUGGCACAGGGUCAGGCCCAGCCACUGGCUUCCUGAAACAGAGUGGAGUUCACGUGGAUUCCAAGGGUUUCGUCCCCGUCAACAAGACAAUGCAGACCAACGUUGAUGGUGUCUUUGCCGGAGGAGACAUUGUGACGUUUCCUUUUCCGGGGCGGAGCAAUAAGAAGGUGAACAUCCCACACUGGCAAAUGGCCCAUGUGCACGGGAGAGCGGCAGCACUUGGCAUGAUGGGAAGACCCACUGAGAUCAAAACAGUGCCCUAUUUCUGGUCGGCCAUGUUUGGGAAAAGCCUACGCUAUGCAGGUUACGGGGAUGGCUUUGAUGAUGUCAUCAUCCAAGGAGACGUGGACGAGCUGAAGUUUGUGGCAUUUUAUACCAGGGGUGAGGAGGUGGUUGCCGUGGCCAGCAUGAACUAUGACCCCAUUGUGUCCCGUGUGGCAGAGGUCUUAGGGUCUGGAAAGAUGAUUAGAAAGCGAGAUGUGGAGACAGGGGACAUGUCUUGGUUGAUAGACAAAGGGUCGCAGUGAGCGAGUCUCCACAUCUCAGGCUCUCCGUGCAUCUGGGGUCUGUUGGACACUAACUAUGGACACUUGUGGUGCUGAUGAGAUGCUGUGCCAUACUGUAAACAUACAGCAGAAGACCCGUGUCUGGGACUGUUGGAGUUGCUCCCCUGGAAUCGAGACUGAGACUGUUCUACAGUGAACCUCCACGGUGAUAGGCUGUACAUACAGUAUUCUUACCAAUAGCGUGAACCAUAUAUGGUGUUAACAUGCUCCAAUACCGUAAUGGAAGAUCUGUGUCCUAAUGCUACUUCACAGUGAAGCAAUCCUGGAUGCAGUCUCUGUGCUUCUGCAUUAUGUAUCUACCUGUACACUUUUUUAUAAGGGGCCAGAUAGGGGUAUUGAACUUUUUUGUACAUGCAACUUUGUAUAUAGCUAUAAUUCUCAAUACACUGUAAACAAAACCGUUUUAAACUGGAGUUUUCUAAGGUUGAGAUGAAACUAAUCUGGUUAAAACCACUUAACAUAACACCCACCCCUAACCUUAACCCUAGCUAACGUUAGACACCCAGCUAACGUUAACAUUAGCCAACUAGCCACCUA